AACCUGCUGUGGGUCUUAUUUUGACGCAAGAAGAAAAUAAUCAGAUAAUAUCAGAUUUAUUCGAUUACUACUAUGAAAAUAGAAGCUGGGCUGUAGUUGAUUAUAAUAUUAGAAAUUUAAAGAAAGAUCAGAACAAGCAGAUAUUAAAACUGCUUGACGAAAAUUUUGAUUUUUGCACCCAAAGUAUCUCAGAAUUAGGACAGACAGAUAUAAUUCAUCACUAUAUCCCAAUGCAAGAUAUCUGGCUAGUGUGA